AAUUGAUCGUCGAACAGUAGACUCACUCACAGGCUCUCACGCAGUUGGCUCAUAGCGCUUAAUACGCGGCUCUCGGCCAAUGCACUCGGCGGUGACGGUGGUUCGUGACGGAUGAAAGCGAAAACAGUAAACUGCCAAGUGGAGACUACCUGUGUCCUCAGGCGUACAGAAAUAACUCGGACGAUCUGAUCACCCCAACUUCGACUAUACGGCGCCCGCGUUAUUGUUGUGCGACCGGCGAUUAUCGUUUUUUCAAAAACAAUUAUCAUGAUGGUAAGAGGCGCAUCGUGACUAGUGUUGUAUGUACCAUGUACGUGUCCGUCCAUGGGCACGGUGAACAUUUGUCACAAUAAAUAAUGUAGUGUUGUGCGUAGUAGUGGGGGUGGGAGUUAACGAAUCGUUUGACCAUAUUCACCACUAAUAUCACAUAAUAACCAUAAUUUUCCCAGUCAUGUCAAAUCAAUCACCAUCCAAAUCAGAUGUGAUGACUCAUUUUUCAGUGACGGACGACAACAAUCUUAUUGGAUUUAAGCAAAUUAAAACUUUUGAAUGGACUACCAAACUUGAAAAGUGUUUGCUACUAAACAUGGCACGUCUGAAGCCUAGUGGAAUAAACAAACACUUAAGUAUACUUUUACUAAAAGAAAAAAUAAGUAAAGAAUUAAAACUUAAUAUACCAAUUAAGGUUCUAUGGAAUUAUUUGUCAGCUAAAUGGGAUAUUAGAGCUGCUGAUAUUAUAGAACAUAUAAGUUUUAGUACUAGUGAGAAAGACUUUGUUUUACCAGAAGAGUUUGACCAGUUGAUUUCUGAAGAAGGAGAAAAAAUUAAAAAACUAGAUAAAGAAUGUUUAAAUGAUGAAAUUAAUAAGAAAAAAUUAUUAAAUUGGAGUGGUAAAACAAGAUCCAAAUCUAAUUCUAUGUCCUCUGUAGAUUCUAAAGAAGGUCUCAAUGAGACAAUUCCUUCAACAUUAUUAGAAAGCUAUCCUGCUAAAACAAAUGAAGUUGGAUUUGACGAUGGUCCAUGUACUAGAAGAUCAUUGCGUACAAAUGAAAAACUAGACAAUAGUAAAUCUGAUGAAAAAAACAAGUUAAAAGAUUUGAAACAGAUAAAUAAAAAAACAUCAAAUCAUUCUAAAGAUGUGGACAAGAUUGAAAAAAUCUCAAAUUUUAGAGGUCGAAAAAGAAAAAGUAGAAAUGUGUCAGAAUCUAGUUUUAGUUCUGAUAAUAGCAAACAGCGUAGGAAUUAUAAAAAUAAUUUAACAGAUUUAACUAUUUCGGAUAGCUCGUCUAGGUCAGUAACUCCAGAAAUUCUAAGAGGUAAAACAUCAAACCGUUCAGUUACACCUGAAACUAUUAGUAGAAAAUCAAACUUGCGAUCCAGUGAUAAAGACCAGAAAUCUAAACUUGCAUUAGAAAAAGCAUGUCUAAAGUUUGGUCAUCAUGUUGAUCUGGUUUUACCGGAAAUAAAAAUUGAACGUCUUAAACCUGAAAAACAAUUUGCAUCUUUAAUGGAUGCUAAGUCUAAAACUUUGACACAUAGUAAAAAUGAAGUAAAUAACAAAGUAAAAACUAAAAUACGUAAUAGAGUAACAUCCGAUCUAUUAGUAGUUCAACAAUCUCCAGAAAUACAAUCAUUAGGCAGGCGCUCUUGUAGCAACAAAAAUUCAUAAAAUUUAAAAAUGACAAAUAACACAAAUUACCUUGUCAUUAAAUCAUAUAUACAUUUAAUUAUAAAUGAUCAAUGUAACUAAUAAUAUUUAUUUAAUAUCACUAAUAUAAUAUUGUAGGUAUGUUUUAUUAUCUGUAAUACUAUAAAUUUUAAUUUCUGAAAACAAACCCAUUUAAGUCAAAUGUUAAGUAUUUUUUUCAUAUCAGUGGACUAGAAUGUUACCUAUUUAGUAUAGGUAAUAUUUAACAUAAUACUACAUGUUAUCUUCAAUGUCAUUAAUACUUCAAUGCAAAAAAAUUUUUACUACACUUGAUAAUUUUUGAUUUGACUAGCUAAAAAAGAUCAAUCUAUUUUGUUUACUAAUUCAUAAUUACUCACAAACCAUAUCUUAGAUAAUUAUUUUUCAAUUGUAAAAAUAAUUUUUUACUGGCUAAUUACUAGGUUUUUUUUUUUUAAAACAAGUUUAAGAAGGAUCAUUAACAUAAUUCAACAUAUUUAGUUAGCUUUGUUUAGAAUACAUAAUGAAUCUCUAAAUUUUAAAUAAGUAGUUUAUUUGAUAUUAAUUUCUUUAAUUCAAUAAGCUUCUGAAAUAUCACCUAAACCUUUUUUCUUCAUACAAAUACUUAUAAUUCUUAAAAAGAAAAUUUAAAAACAAGGUCUGCUUUCUUAGGUAAACUUUCUUAAGUGUCCUUUAGUACUUUUACUAUUAAAUUAUAAUAUAAUUCUGUUUUUAUUUUUAUCUGUUCAAAUAAAGAUGAGUGCAAGUAAAAUUGCUUGUAUUUUUUUUUUUUGCUUUGGUAGGAAUGUCCCUGUUAUAUGGAUUUAAAAUAUGUUUACUUAAAUAUUAAAAUAGUUAAGUAGUACUUCUACACAUUUUUGAGUAAUUUUUAAUCCAUACAAAAUUAUAACUAAUCAAUUAUUAUGUGAUUAAAAAUUCUUUUUGAUACACAUAUUUUGAUGAUGUUAGGCCUUUUCAAAAAAAAAAAUUAAUUGUAUAUAUAAAGGUAUCAAAAAUUUAAAUCAUUUAACUACGUAAUUUUUAUUUUUAAUUAUACUCAAUUUUAACCUUAAGUUGUUAUUUAAAAUACCUAAUUAUAGUAUUCAAUUAUGUUUUUAAAAAGUUAACAGUUUAAUUUUUUAUGUAGGAUUAUUUAAAAAAAUGCUUUAUUUUUGAUAUAAUUAUGAACUAUGAUACCGUAUACUUAAUCAUAUAAAUUAAAUUCCAGUGGUGUUUUUAUCUAUUAGAUCAAUUAUUGUGAAUUUUUAAGUUCUAUUUUUAUGUUAAAAGUUAAUUAUUCAUUUCAGCAAUCAUUUAAACAUUGAAAUUACAUUGUUUUGAUUUUACAUUUGGCAGCAACAUUUUAAAUUAAAUUAUUUAUCCAACCUAUGAAGUAUUGAAGUCCCAUCAAUGGUUCAAUCAAGACAAACGAAAAUCAACUCAUCAAACCUGACUUGCUUUUUAAUGUCAAACAAAAAUAUAAAUAGAUUGUGUAAAAAAAUUUAUAAAAAUAAAUAGAUUUAUAGAAAAUAUUAAUUUUUUAUCGAAGCUUAAUUCUUAUUUUUUAUUGGACCUAUUUAACAAACUUACAUAAUUCGUUUUAUUCUUAUUACCUAGAAAAUAAUAUAAUUUAAAUAAAAAUAACAAAAACACAUGCAUGUGUGACGUCCUAUUAAAGGUAAUAAAAAGCCACAUAUUUUCAGUGUUGGGUGGUAACGUAAUUAAAGUUACAAAUUACUGUAACAAAAUUACUUUGCAGUAAUGCUGAUGUGAUUUAAUUGUAUUAUUUUAUUUAAAUAAACAUAAUAAUGACGAAAUUACUUUUCCAAGUUAUUAAAAUAAGUUAUGAAUGUAGAAUGUAUGAAAAAAACUGGAGGGUAGGAUAUUCGAGAAAAAUCAAUAAAAUAUAUACGCGAUUACAAACGUUUUAGAUAUUAAAUGAUAAUCAACAAUAUUAUUAAAGAUCCCAAGAACACAUUGUGUUCAUGUCUAAUAUAAGGCAUUAACAAUGUACCUACUACGUAUAAGUCGUUAUGUAGUUUAUUUUUUAAAAAAAAGUAACAUUAUUUGUAACGCCUGCAUUUUAAAUAAAAAGUAAAGUAACGUAGUAGAAAUAAUGUUGGGUUAACGCGAAUGUAAUUUAAAUAAAAAUAUUUACUGUAACAAGUAACACAAUUUUAUUACUUUCCAAAAGUAAUUUAACCCAACACUAUUUUAUACAUAAAAAUUAACAGGAAAUCAAUUUUGUUUUUAUUUAACUUGUUUAAAAACUACUCCAAAUAUAUGACUGUUAGCAACAUGCCACGUGCAUGCACACAUCAAGUACCUUCAUCAGAGACAAAUUGCUUACAGGGGUGAGAUGGUCUCCAACCAUAUUAUAUGAUCUAAGAUGUGGCUACUGGCAACCAUAUAUAAAAGCAUAAUACUAUAACAAAAAAAAUAAAAUACAUAUGUAUUUUAUUUCCUGUAAACAACAUUGUUAUGGACCAAUACCCAUGGACCCCCUUCUUGUACAUACGCCACUAGCUGCAAGCAAUCAAUGUUAUUUAAAAGAGGGCCCUAGUAGCUCUGCCCAACCCAAUUACAAAAUUGCAAUAUUAAUUUUUUAAGCGGACAGAAUAAUACAAUAUACCUACUACCAUUUGUGUAAUAAACAAUAAUAUAGGUACAUCAUCAACCAACAACCAACUUAUAUAGAAAAUAGAACUAAGAACUAAAUUUCUAAAAAAUACACUAUUACUAUAAUACAUUAUAUAUACUAAGAAAAAUAGUACUUAAUGGACCAGUGCUCCUUGAGAAAAGAUUGAAUCAUGAACAUGGAAGUAGAGCCCCAAAAAAUUGUAAUUCUUAUAAAAUAUACAUAACUCAUGAAAAAUUAUAGAUAAAAAAUUUGAUUAAUUUGUUUCUUUAUAAUAUAAUCAUAAACGAUAAAAGCAAUAUAUCAUUCAACCCACUAGCAUCUUAUUCUACAUUGAAUAACAACUGCCACAAUUAAUCAUUAUUUUUAGUACAUUGCAUUGAUUAUUUUUAUUAGGUCUAAAAUGGUAAAAAUCAAGGGUCCUUUCUUUAGUGGCCAGUUAAUCAAUAUUUAUAUCUAUUAUAGGUAUACAUUUUAAUAAAUUGAAUGCAAAUAACUAAACAUUCAACACCAGUACACUACAAGGCACAAUUUUCAAAAACUGACCAAGAUUAAAAUAGAAGCAAGUGGUUAUUACCUAAGUUCUAAGUAGUAACAAGUAUACAUAAAUAUGUAAUACAAUUAGGCAUCAGCCAGUUUUUCGUCUAAAAAUAUUAAUGUUGUUGUUCCAAACAAAUAAAAAUGCUGAAAGCUUGAUAUGUACAAUAUAUUCAUAGACUGUACAACUAAGUACUAAUUACUAUAAUACAAUAAAAUUCGAUAAUAAUAUAUUAUAUUUUGAUUUUGGUAUUUUAGUUUAUAAUAAAUAAAUAAAUAAUAUAUCU